GGAGCCUAUAAAAGGAGGCCUUUGGUGCAUGAGUUAGAUGUAUCAAUUGAAGGAAUGUCUAGGUCCUAUAACGAUAUAUGAGGAAAUUAGAGGGUGGAAAACACUUUGAAUACUUUCACAGUUACAUCUGAGUUGCAUCAUUAUUUGCAUAUUGAAUGGUAUCAUCGAAGCAAAUGGCCAACUUUGUAAUCUCCGUGUUUGUUUUCUGCCUAUUAGCAACUUCAUUAUCCGAAGCUCUUAAUUUUAAGCUUUAUUCCACAAAGGAGCAACAAAAUUGGAUAAACCAUGGUGGAGACAUAUACAAUAGAAGAUAUGCCGACAAAGAACACAAAAUCAGCCGUGAAACCGUUUCAAGCUUAAGCCUAAAAUGGAAAUUCUACGCAGGAAAAGACAUAACUGCAACCCCAUCAAUCUUUGAUGGAAUUCUCUAUUUCCCAUCAUGGAAUGGUGAAAUCUUUGCAGUAAGAGCAAGUGAUGGAAGCCUUGUUUGGAAGCAAAACUUGCAAGAACUGACAGGGUUAACACCAACAGGGUUGGUUGCUGGUGUUAAUUGGACAGUGUCUAGAGCAACACCAACUAUAGCCGAUGAAUUUGUGAUUGUUGGAAUCUAUGGUCCUGCUGUGGUUAUUGCUCUCAAGAGAUUAACUGGAGAGUUAGUUUGGCAGACAAGGUUGGAUAGUCAUAAUUCAAGUACUUUGACCAUGUCCGGAACUUACUAUAAAGGGGCUUUUUAUGUAGGUACAUCUUCACUGGAAGAACUCACAAGCAUUGAACAAUGUUGCACAUUUCGGGGAAGCUUUUCAAAGCUAGAUAUUCACACUGGUGCCAUCUUGUGGCAAACCUACAUGCUGCCGGAUAACCAUGGAAAACUAGGAGAGUACGCCGGAGCCGCCGUGUGGGGAAGUAGUCCUUCCAUUGACGAGGCAAGGAACCAUGUUUACAUUGCCACGGGAAACUUGUACUCGGCGCCUUUGCGCGUUGAACAGUGUCAAGAGAAACAGAACAACCUAACUACGACACGGCCAACACACCCGGACGAGUGUGUUGAAGAGGAGAAUCACUCGAAUUCGAUUCUUGCUUUGGGUUUGGACAAUGGUGAUAUCAAGUGGUAUCAUCAAUUGGGAGGGUAUGAUGUAUGGUUCCUUGCGUGCAAUAAUUUAUCUUCAUCUCCUAAUUGUCCACCAGGUCCUAAUCCAGAUGCUGAUUUUUCUGAGGCACCAUUGAUGAUCACCAUUCAUGUAAAGGGAAGAAAGGAAGAUAUUGUUGUUGCUGUGCAAAAGAGUGGUUUUGCUUGGGCUUUGCACCGGGACAACGGCACCAUCAUUUGGUCAACGGAAGCUGGGCCAGGUGGGCUUGCAGGAGGUGGAUACUGGGGGGCAGCAACCGACACAAAUAUAGUGUACACCAACAUUGCAAACUCUGAUGCCAAAAAUUUCACUCUUAAACCCUCGAACAAGACCACAACUAGUGGUGGUUGGGUGGCAAUGGAUGCUAAUAGUGGCACAAUAUUAUGGUCAGUAGAAAACCCAAGCAAUGCCACUGCUAGUGGACCUGUUAGUGUGGCUAAUGGCAUUAUGUUUGCUGGUUCCACGAAUAGGAAGGGUCCUAUUUAUGCAAUUGAUGCAAAGAGGGGUGAAAUUGUUUGGUCUUAUGAGACUGGUGCCACCUUUUUUGGUGGAAUGUCAAUUAGUGAUGGAUGUAUAUACUUCGGUAAUGGGUAUAAGGUUGGUAUUGGAUUGAAUCUUGGCAACUUCACUUCUGGAACUUCUCUUUAUGCAUUUUGUGUCAAAGUAAAAUAACUCAUAUUGGGGACUUGGUAUGUACUAUGUAGUGUUUCUUAAUUAAUAACAUGGACUCAACUUUGGGUGCAAUA